AACUUGAGGUUUAGUCCUUUAUUUUUCCUCCAAAUCAGAGCUCAAGAACCGCAUUGUGAUGCCACUUUUUGGACUUCUGUUUGGCGGUGCAGUAGCACGCCUACUGAAUGAAGUUGACCAGGCGCUAGAGCGCUUAGCUUUGGACAAAGAUGAAACCCCUUCACACAGCCAAGAGGAGUGUGAACAAGAUCAUGGGGGUCCAUCACAAAGGAAGUCGCUCCGACAGCAGCAGUUAGAUGGAGAUAUUGAUUCAUCUGAAGUGGCAAACAUCACCCACCUUGGAGCUACUGACACAUACAGCAAUGUCAAGCGUCAUCAUAGGGAAUUCUCCAAAGGUAAAGAUGGGGAUAAAGGCCUUGUUGAGGCAGAUCAUAUCCCACCACUGGAGUCUCUCAGGUUGGCAGCAGAGGAGCCCUUGUUUUGGUAUCUCGAGACCAUCAACCCAAGGCUUUACGAAAUGGUGAUAAGCUUGAGAGACGACCCAUGUGGAGAAAAUCUGCUCACCGUCCAAGUGCCUAAACAUCACCACAGGGAUGCCCUGUCCACUGGUUCAAGCAGGGCAUCUCAAGAAGCACGGCUCCUGCUGGCACGCAGUAUUGCCAGGGGAGACGUGUCGUCGAUGCUCAAACUGGCAUUUAUCAUCGCUCAUCCUUAUGCCGCCCAGCAAAUCAGAGACGAUGCAGGAAUUGGCAACAGACCACAAGAAAUGGCACUUAUUAUUUCCGAGGACAGAACCAUGAGAAUCUACACCGCAGCCUUCCACAAGCUGCUCGUACAGUACAGGGACCUGGGCAUCAUGAACCAGAGACAAUUUCGCCACCUCACUGAAUAUGUGGACAAUUGUGGAUAUCUUGAAAGAGGUUCUUCUGAGUAUGAAGAGAUACUUAAAAUUGUCCGGGACUACGGUAAACCUCAAAAAUAGAAUUUAUCCACUGGCCAAAGUAAUGAGGAAAAAAAAAAAAAACAGAGUCUGCCAGUUUAUCUAAA